UCUUAAUCCAAUUUAUAAUAAUUAAUCAUUUAAAAAAAUCAAAAUCAUAAUUAAUAAAUUAUGGCUGUGAAAAGUGUUUCAUUGUUUGCUGCAAUAAUAAUCGCUUAUUUGAGUUUUACAACACAGGCAUUUCCAUUGCGAUAUUUACAAGAUGUUGGAUUUGGUUUUCCUUUUCCAUAUCAGAUUAACACAGCUAGCAGUACCAAUUUUAUCAACAAUAUUAAUAACAUAAACAGUUUUUUACCAUACCCAGCUGUUCAAAAUGUCCCUGGUCUGGGUUACCCCAACGGACAACCAUCGAUUUUUGCUAAUGGUCCUCCGAUUGGAUACCCAAAUCAAAUUGUCAACUCUCAAAGUGCACCAGUUGAGGUUAAUUUCAUUCCAAAUCCUGGCUGUUAUUCUGGUUGUUAACUUAAGGCCAAGGUCAUACGGUCAAUAUUAUUGAACCAAUAUCGAUAUUGAGCAAGCUAUUGAUCGUCUGAGGAGUAUAUUUAAGAAAUAAUAGUGCUUGAAAAAUAUUGAAAUCUAUAAAACGUCCAGUUUACCUUCUUCUGAUCUUCUGUUCUGCUAAAUUUAAAUACUAAAUAAAAGAUGCUGUUGCACAGCAUACUUUUUGCAGAGGCUCUUUGUGCGAAACAGAUUAUGUCUUCCCUAUCUCUUGUAUAUUAUACAAAGGUAAAGGUCUUUUAAACUUUGAUGCUUAUGCUACCGAUUAGCCAUAAAAAAGUACUUGUUACUAAAGCAGCGCCAAAUAAUUAAUCUACGAAUCAUUAGAAAUUUCCGAAAUUUCUAAUCAUUUUAAUAAGGUCCACAAUUAUUCUGAAAUAAAUCAUGAAUAAGUUUAAUUUAAAAUAAAUUUAGAAAA